AUGGCGGGGAACAAAUUCUUCAUGGGCCGUUUCCAAGAUGCGGUAAGCGGAGAGACGGCUGGCGCUCGCACCUCCAAUUGGCGACGCUGGGACCGGCCUCCGCACGCACGAUCGGCCCUGGAAGAGGCGGCAGCCGGGCAGAGCCGGCAGCGGGCGCCGGUUUUAUGGCAAAAUUCUAAGGUCAACAAUUCUGAAUAUUUAAAGGGAUUUGACUACCCCAAUUCUACAGGGGUUGGAGUACCGGUCAAGAACAUGGUCUAUGAUCCUUCUACCAACAGGACCUUGGUGAGUGAGUUUGUCCUAUUGGGGUUCACCAGCCACCCAACACUGGCUCACCUGCUGUUUGGACUCUUUCUAGUGAUGUAUGCAGUGACACUGGCAGGCAAUGGACUCAUUAUGGCUGUGGUGUGGGCUGAUCCAGUACUUCAUUGCCCCAUGUAUAUCUUCUUGGGUAGCCUCUCCUGCUCCGAGACACUCUAUACUCUGGUGGUGAUACCACGGAUGCUUUGUGACCUGAUGGCCCCCCACAGGCCUCUUUCCCUGGCUUUGUGUGCCACACAAAUGUUCUUCUUUGUGGCUUUAGGUGUGACGGACUGUCUGUUGCUGACUGCCAUGGCAUGGGAUCGCUACGUGGCCAUCUGUCUCCCACUGCGCUAUGGAACUCUCAUGAGUCAUCAGAUCUGCUGGGGCUUAAUCAUGGGCUCCGUCUGUGGUGGUUUUGUGUUCUCAUCUUGCCUCACUGGCAUGAUUUUCUCUUUGCCUUUUUGUGAACCCAACCAUAUCCCUCACUUCUUCUGUGACAUCCCCCCAGUUCUGAGCAGGAUUUGUCCUGGUUAUGGAACCAUUGAAGUCACUGUCCCAGCUUUAGUUGCCGUGAUACUUAUUAUCCCUUUCUCCUUCAUCAUGCUGUCUUAUGCCUACAUCUUGGUAGUGUCUCUCCGCAGAGGUUCAACUCAACGAUGUUGCAAGGCCUUCUCCACUUGUGGAGCUCAUUUGACAGUGGUCAUCCUACAUUAUGGCUGUGCCAUCAUCACAUAUGCCAAGCCUAAAAGCAGCUAUAUGGAAGGGAAGGACCAUAUCCUUGCAGUGUCUUACACUAUUCUUAUUCCCAUGCUCAACCCUCUCAUCUACACUCUAAGAAACAGUGAAGUCAAGGGAGCACUUCAGAAGGUGGUGAGCCGGGGCCUCUUUCUUCAUGAUGGGUAG